UUUUCAGCUCGACGGCAAAACGCAGCUGAGCGCUGCCUGAGCCAAGGCCCGUGGAGCCCGACGGUGCAGCGAUAAGCCCCACGACCGUAUCCAGCUUUUCUGCCGAUUUCUGGGGCUGCCCGCGCGCGAGAGGCGCCGCACUCAUAUCGGCUGCCGUGCGUUGCGGCCGCGCACGGGCGCUAGGAUGCGAUGGCUCGCGCUCGCACUCGUCGUACGCAGCGCAACGACGACGACCUGCCCCGGCACGACGCCGACGGACGACACGCCUUCACCAGUCGCCGGCUGCAGCUUCGACGAGGAUUGGUGUGGCUGGAACGCGACCUCGAAUGAAGGCACGCGCUGGACGCUCGGCACGGAAACGACGCCGACGCGCUUCACGGGCCCGAAUGAAGGCGUGAAUGGUACUGGAUAUGCCUACGUCGAGGCGAGCCACCCGAACCACCCGUCAGUAGUUUUUGAGCUCACCUCGCCGCUCUUCGAAGCGCCGGUUUCGACCCUGAGCUUCGCCUACUCCAUGUACGGCGCGGCCAUGGGCUCUUUAGCUGUUGAUACGUAUGUCAAUGCGUGGAUCUGCGACGUGUGGCUCGUCGAAGGCAACCUUGGUGACGCGGCCUGGCGCUCCUCGGGGGUCAUCGACGUCUCUUCAGCGACACGGAUCAGAAUUCGCGCCGUCACGGGCGCCGGCGCCGCCGGCGACGCGGCCGUCGACAAUGUAGUGGUGACGGCCGCCCCGGCGCCAUCGAUGAAACCAUCAAUGUCAUUGCGGCCUUCAAUAGCACCUUCUAGAACACCGGGCAGCCCGACCUCUUCACCGGUGGCCGCGCCGACGCCCGCUCCAAUCACAAUACCAGAGACGCCCGCGCCGUCGCGAAAAGCAGUUGUCGCGUCGUCAUCGUCCUCCAAAGACAGCAAACAGUCGGAGGAGGACGCCUUAGGCGACCCCGACGCCGCGUCGACGUCGGGCCUCGUCUACAUCCUUGGCGGGUGUUUGCUGGCGCUGUCGUGCGGUCUGUUGGGCGCGGUGCGGUUGAAGCACUGCAACAAACCGAAGCCGCCACUCCAUGUGGAGCUGGGGCUGAAGAAGCGCAGUGAAGCGGGGCCACCUCCCAAGGUACAACGGGACGAGGACGCGAUGCGGCUGCGACGGCAGGAACUGGGCGCGAUGGCGUGGUCGUCCGACGAAUCUGAUGAUGACGAGGAGGCGCAGAAGAGAGACGAGGAGAAUCGAACGGCGUUAUUUAGGCGGCAGCCGUCGUCCCUGGAAACGCGGUCCCAAAAGCAGCCGUCGGAGGACGCGGAGCUGGAGCGAGCCCUCGCGCGCGCCGAGGCGGCCGAGCGGCGCCGCGCCGCCGGGGACGCCGAGCUGGAGCGCGCCCUCGCGGCCUCGAAAGUGACAGCGGCGGCCGAGGCGUCACAUCGGGCGCGGCCUGCUUCCCCCGAGGACAUGGCCAUGUCCUCGGAAGACGAGGAGCUCGAGGUCCGCGAGCACCCCGAGUUCUCGCCGCAAAAGCUUGCUCUGUAUGAUGACUUGGAUCGAUCGCGACGGAGCGCCUCGCCCAUAUUACGCGUGCCCUCGCCGGCCGGCGGCGCGCUCCUGUCGGAGGCGUCCAUCAAGCGCGCGCAGCAGUCGUCGCGGGCGUCGUCGCCGCGCAUCUCGGAGGCGUCGCUCCAGCGCGCGGCGAAGGCGCCGAGCCCGCUCUUCGGCCGGUCCGCGUCGCCGUUCUCGGGGGACUCCUGGGGCCCGAGCGCUGCGUCCGACGGGGACUGGCCCUCGCCGGAGCCGUCGCCGGACGCGCGGCCGCCGCCGCCGCCGUGGACGGGGGACGCGUCGCCGGGGUCCUUCGAGGCGCGGCGGUUCUCGGAGAAGGCUGAUGAUGUGGCCGCCUCGGACGGGUCCGCGUCGUCGGGCUGGCCCGACGCGACGUGACUAAGUGUAGUUCUAGG